AUGGACCGUGUGAAGCAGAAACGCGGUGUUCUACGCGCGGCGAUCACGAAGCUCAUCAACGAAAUUGACCUACUGCUGCAGACAACGGCCCCAGCCGCCGACGUGCUGUCCACAAAGCUGGACAUCUUGAAGUCCAAGGAAGAAAUGUUGCAGACUCUAGACCAGAACAUAGAGGAGUCCGUGCCGGAGGAGGUCUUCGAACAGGAAGUCCAAGGCGUUCUCUCUUAUGAGGAGAAGAUAUGCACUGCGAAGUCCCAGAUCACUCAGAAACUGAGAACGUACAACAGACAGCUACCGCGGACAGACUCGUCUCCCUCCAGAGUUCCACACGUACAGCCGACGCAGAACGCUGCCGCCUGUAGGGUGAGACUGCCGAAGAUCGAAAUUUCGAAGUUCAGCGGAGACUUAGCCGAGUGGACGACGUUCUGGGACCAGUUUCAGUCCAGCAUCCACACAAACGAAUCUCUGCACAAAGUCGACAAAUUCAGGUACCUGCAGAGCUAUCUUACGGGCAAGGCUGCAGCAGCUAUCAGUGGACUCUCACUUACGAAUGAAAACUACGACACUGCAAUAGAUCUCUUGAAGCAACGCUUCAAUCAACGACACCUGAUCGUCGAGGAGCAUCUAAACCGCUUACUGCAUCUUCCACCUGUGGUUGACGCAGGGAAGUUCGUACGGCUACGUGAGCUAUACGACGAGGUCCAAGUGAGGGUACGAAGUCUACAAGCUCUGGAUGUCGGCACAAAAGAGUAUGGGAUCAUGCUGAUGAGCGUCUUACGCAAGGCUGUGCCAAGAGAGGUCACCCUGGAGUACAAUCGCAAGCACAAAGGAGCUCCUAGCGAAGGUAGGACCGAAGUAGAGGACUUUAUGGACUUCCUGAAAGUCGAAGUGGAAAGCAGAGAGAAGGACACGUUGCUCCCAGACAUGCAGAGGAAUCGCGCUAUGAAUCUUGACGAACCGCACUCCAGAACUGCACCAAGAGAUGGUAGGCGGCUGUUCGAACGACAAACGACAGGUGCACUCACCACAGGAGUGACGCCACAGCAGCUAGAAUGUCUACUGUGCAAGGCAGCAGACCACGGCAUAGAAAACUGCCGCAGCAAUCUUUCGGUGGGUGACAAGAAAGCCCUACUUAGUCGGGAGGGCCGUUGCUUCAAAUGCGGCAAAAAAUAUCACAGGUCACGUGAUUGUCGAACUGCUCCACGCUUAAGAUGCGCAACCUGUGGCGGACAUCAUUUCACGAUACUGUGUGAUCGUCCAGGAAAUUAUAGAGCAGCGGAAGACCCCAACCCUGCACGCCUCGGGGUCAUGGCUUCGUCUGCGCUGUCGACAUCCGACGCAGCUGCGGCCACUGGACCUGUUCUUCUCCAAACUGCUCGCAUUUGGGCGGAAACAGAUAGGAAGAGACAAUUUGUACGAGCCAUGCUGGAUGGAGGCAGUCAACGGACGUUCAUAAAGGAAUCACUGUCUCACGAACUUCAAUGCGAACCCGUCGGGGAAGAAGCUCUGUCCAUAUUCUCUUUCGGUUGUACUCCGCUCAAAAAGACGUGUCGUCGUGUGAAGGUCUGGCUUCGCAGCCAGUACAGGCGCCAGGACACAUGCGUCGAAGCGUUGGAAACGCCCGAGAUCUCCGCGAACCUUAUGCCUUCUCCUGACGCCAACGUCACGAGGGUACUGAACGAGAAAGGUAUGGAAGUAGCCGACGCCGCGGUAUUUGGCACAACCUGUAAACCCGAAGUCCAGAUACUGAUUGGUUCGGACUAUUACUGGGCGGUCGUGACGGGCGAAUCCCAACGUAUUUCGGAGAAGCUCUUUGCCGUCAACACUAUAUUCGGUUGGACAGUUCAAGGGCCUAAUACGUCAUCGUCUUCCUGCUUCAACACCGGUGUAGGGGUGUUACGGGUUACGGUGGAAAGCACGGACACUGACAUGGACCAUACUAUGGUCCACAUGGAGCCAUACUAUGACAGACAUGGAGCCAUACUAUGGUCGGAUUCGAUGAUCGCCCUCAGCUGGAUACGUGGUGACGCUCAGCGUUACAAACCCUUUGUGGCUAAUAGGAUAUCCGAGAUACAGAGUUCAAGAAGCAUAUCUGGCUGGCGACACUGUCCAGGGGAACAGAACCCAGCAGACCUCCUGACCCGCGGCAGUUCGAUUCACUCGUUACACUCGCGCACUCACUGGUGGGAAGGACCACAAUGGUUAAAGGAAUCACAGGAACAGUGGCCAAGUGCAACCACAGGCGUGGGGAAGGAUAUUAGUGAAGAAGUAAGAGCGACGCACGUUUUGCUUCUACCAUCGCCGCCAACGGAGCCGAUCCUCCAACUUACCAACUGCUCUUCUUUAGACAACGUCGUCAGAACAACGGCGUGGAUAUACCGAUUUCUGCACAACUCAAGACGAGAUGAACCCGCAACAGGUCCACUUUCUACAUGUGAGAUCCGACGCGCAGAAAACUACUGGAUAAGACAAGUACAAGCGGAAUCGUUUUCGGAGGAACUUGAAGCUGUCAAAUCAUCAUGGCAUCUAAAGGUCACAUCGAAACUAAGAGAUUUGCAUCCUUACUUGGACAAAGAUGGAAUUCUACGCAUAACGGGACGUCUACAACGGGGAGAAGAAAGCGAAGAAGUAAAGCACCCGAUUGUCUUACCCAAAGAUCAUCGUUUCACUCAACUUCUUAUCGUAAGAGCGCAUCGACGUUUGCUCCAUUCGGGUGUCCGCGACACGUUGGUCGAGCUAAGGGAGCUCUACUGGAUUAUCCAAGCACGUCAAGCAGUUAAGAAGGAGCUGUACAAAUGCCACCGCUGUAGACGUCAAAGAGCGCGGCCUGCUUUUCUAGAGACAGCACCACUUCCACCGGAUCGUAUAACAAGAGCCGAACCCUUUGAGGUGACUGGAGUAGAUUUUGCGGGGCCGCUCUUUUACAAAGCUCCAGACGUCAACUCAAAGAAAUGCUACAUAGCUUUGUUCACGUGUGCGGUGACGCGAGCCGUGCACCUGGAAAUUGUAGACGACUUGACAACCCAAAGGUUCCUAAUGGCAUUCCGUCGUUUGUGGCCAGAAGAGGACUGUGUAAAGUCAUUUAUUCCGACAAUGCGCUAA